AUGCAAUGGAAGUCUUGGAAGGUCAUACCUGACGAGAUCAAGAUGCAAGUUCGCGGCCAGUUGUCGACGAACUACGACUUAGAGGACAUCAACGAGGAGACUUUGGCGUACGUCAACAGACUCUUCGGUGAGAGGUACAAGCAGUGGAAGAGCGACUUGCACCACCAUUUCCAGGCGUUUGAUGAUCCGGAAGUCGCUCUUCAGGAGGGUUGCCCGAAGGAGCUUGAGGGGCGGGAGGAUAGUUGGGCGUGGCUCUGCGCUCAUUUUCAGGCGCCCGAUUAUGUGAAUAAAGCCCAAGUGAAUAAGGGCAAUAGGAAGAAGAAGACUCUUCUUCACCAUUCCGGCUCCAGGCCCUUCUCAUAUAGGAUGGAUGCACGGCGUCGGGGGGGGUCGAAAUUCCCAGAGAUCGACGUCUUUGGUGACGUUUAUGUUCGACCUGGGAAUGAGUUGGCCGAGUCCCUUCAUACGACGAUGGUGGAGAGGAGCCAGUUGGUUCUUCAAGAGUCCGCCUCCCAACUUCCUCCCGAGACUCCGAUCGAGUCUGUGGAUCCUCCGCAUGAUGCUGGAUUUCAGAUUUUGACGCAGACGUUGGAUCAGACUCUCGGGAGGAGGCCGGGAACGUAUUGUAGGGGGAUGGGGAAUGCCCGACAGAGGGAACCUCGACCGCGGUCAUCGUCGCAGGCAAACAGUCAGGUGACUGUUUUGACAUCGCGGGUUGCCGAGCUUGAGGGUCAGAUGUCGGUGAUUCUGCAGUCGCUCGCGCGGUCCGGGAUUCCAAUCCCGAAUUUUGGUCAACUUCUUGGCCUUGGAUUAAAGCUUGUGGGGCCUAAGAUGCUUGAGGUUGUUCAAAUUGAGAAACUUGAGAUGGUUGUUCAAACUGAGAAGCUUGAGAUGAUUGAGCUGGUUGGUGAGAUGGUUGAUGAGCUUGGUUAG